UAAAAGGCCACCUGAGGGCUGAGGUUGAGAUUAUACUCCACUGACUUCGCAGCGGGGAAGUAAACACACGAGAUGAUCUGGACUAUUUUUCUGCUCAUCCAAGUUGCUCUGCUUUAUUUUAUUCUAACACACAGAUCGAGAUCCAAGAGUGAUCCACCUCUAGACAAAGGGAUUAUCCCAUGGUUAGGCCAUGCACUUGAAUUUGGAAAAGAUGCUUCCAAGUUCUUGAAUCGAAUGAAGCUGAAGCAUGGCAACAUUUUCACAGUGCGUGCUGCCGGACGUUAUGUGACGGUGUUGCUGGAUCCGCACUCAUACGACACAGUCAUCAACGACUCGGAUUCCCUAGACUUUACUCGCUAUGCGCAGGUGCUCAUGGAGAGGAUCUUUAACCUGCAGCUCCCACAUCACCAGCUGGCUAAAGCAAAAGCAAUGAUGAAGAAGCACUUCAUGGGAAUGAAUUUAGCCGUCCUUAACAGCACCUUGAGACGACACCUGCAAGGCUUGCUGAAAGCCAAGAUGCCUCAGAACCAGAAAGACUGGAAAGAGGAGGGACUGUUCAGCUUCUCCUACAGCUUACUCUUCAAGGCGGGGUACCUGACCCUGUUUGGAGGAGAACAGAACAACAACGGCACAGAUCCCUCAAGUGUCUACAAGGAGUACAAGAAGUUUGACGACCUCUUAACCAAAAUGGCAAGAGGCACACUGAAGUCAGAGGAGAAGAGGACAGCCCAGAGUGUUCGACAUAGACUGUGGGAGCUCUUGGCUCCAGCAGGUCUGAGUGAUGACUCAGGGUCAAGCCCUUGGAUUCAUGCUUACAGGCGGCUCCUGCAGGAGGAAGGGGCCGACGAGGAGACACAGAAGAAGGCUGUACUGAUGCAACUCUGGGCCACACAGGGUAAUGUUGGCCCUGCUGCAUUUUGGCUGUUGGGCUACUUGUUGACCAGUCCUGAGGCUCUGACAGCGGUGAAGAGGGAGAUGGAAACCUCAGAGACCUCUCACCUGGACAGACCUGUGAAAACCCCUGUGUUUGAUAGUGCCCUGGAAGAGACACUUAGACUCACUGCUGCCCCCUUUAUCACCAGAGAGGUAGUGCAGGAAAAGACCCUCCACAUGGCAGAUGGCCAGGAGUACCUGCUGAGGAAAGGAGACAGGGUGUGUUUGUUCCCUUUCAACAGCCCUCAGAUGGACCCUGAGAUUUACCAAGAGCCACAGAAAUACAAGUACGAUCGCUUCCUGAAUGAAGAUGGAUCAAUGAAGAGAGAUUUUUAUAAAGGAGGGAGGCGGCUGAAAUAUUACACUAUGCCAUGGGGUGCAGGGACCAAUGGCUGUGUGGGAAAGCACUUUGCCAUCAAUACCAUCAGACAGUUUGUUUACAUGGUGUUGGCUAACUACGAUUUGGAGCUUUGUGACCCAAAUGCUCAGAUGCCGGAGGUAAAUGCCAGUCGUUAUGGAUUUGGGAUGAUGCAACCAGAGGGGGACUUGCUCAUCCGAUAUAAACCCAGGAAUACACUUUAAACUUUAAAACCAGCAGAACACCUAUCUUGUAUGCUCAUUUCAACAUAUGCACAUUGUUUAUAGUGUCAAUAUGUCGUUUGAACUUUUGUAUUUUUUAUUUAUGCUAUACAGUUUGUACUUUUGUUAUUUAUCAAUAAAUGUAAAUAAUACAUUA